UAUUGAUGUUAAGUUGUAAUAACAAGUCUCUAUGUCCCUACCUUGAUACCAAAACCACAUUAUGACUUUCUCAAACCAACUUUUCUUUGUCCUCUUCCUCCUCUUACCUCUCUUACGUGCUUCUCACCCAAAAGAUUGUUCUUCUUCCUCAUGUGGUCUUCAAGAUGUCCAUGCCCGCUUUCCUUUCUGGCUAGACCCGAACCAGCCUGACUUCUGUGGCCACCCAGGGUUCGAUCUCCACUGCACAAUUAGUCAAAACACAGCUCUCAACCUUCCCAAGUCCGGAACAUUUCUUGUCCGAGAGAUCGACUAUAGAAGCCAGCAUAUUCGUCUCUAUGACCCUGAGGCUUGCUUAGCAAGGAAGCUUCUGACCUUUGACGUUUCGGGUUCUCCUUUCUCUGCUCUUUACCUUGCCAAAUACACCUUCUUGACCUGUCCUAAUGAGGUUGUUAAGUCGUCCGGGUUUGACUCCAUCCCAUGUCUAGGCAACUCCACGAGCUCCUUCUUGGCUACAACUAGUUUAGAUAUCGCCAAAUCUAUGCUGCCUUCUUGUCAGAUUGUCAAGACACUAGAUGUUCCGGUUUCUCGACCGGUUGUUACUGAGAAAUCAAGAUUCUCAACUUAUGUCAACAAUCAAGAUCUUUGGCUAAAAUGGGAUUCUCCAAGUUGUAGCAACUGUGAGAGAAAUCAUUUGAGAUGUGGAUUCAUAAGCAAUGCUUCUCUUCAAGUCAAAUGCUUCCCUUUUGAAAAAUCCGGGCAUAACCACACGGGAGUACAAGUGCUUAAAAUUAUAAGCCUGGCUAUUUUCGGACCGGUCAUAAUCUUUGCUACAUGUAUCGCUAUCGGAGUUUGCACCUCCGAUAGAUUCACUUCCCGGAGACGACGAAACGUGGCUAUCGCCGCAGCUCAACCAAACGAAGUUAUAGUAACGGCGGGUCUUGACGAGUCUACAAUAGAAUCUUACAAGAAAGUGGAGCUAGGAGAGAGUAGAAGAUUACCUGGAGUUAAUGAUAUUGUUUGUCCCAUUUGUUUAUCCGAGUAUGCGAGCAAAGAGACCGUGCGGUGCAUACCGGAAUGUGAGCAUUGCUUCCAUAUUGACUGUAUAGAUGCGUGGCUUAAGCUUCAUGGUUCGUGUCCUCUUUGUCGGAAUUCGCCUUCUCCAGUGCGUGAAGCUGUCUGAAAUUGAACAAAACCAUUUUUAUAUCUUGUACAAGGAUAUAAGAUUGACGUUGAGCUGAUGGAGUAUUAAUUUAGUUUGUUUUUUAAGGUUGUGAUGGAUAUAGUAGCUAGCUGUUAUGUUUGUUACACUUUCAACGCUGUACUUUAUCUCCAUGCAUUUCAAUUAAAGCUUGUUUAUGUAUAUUGUAAAUAACAAUGGUGAAAGAAAAAUGUACUACAA